GUGUCGGUAUAGCCCUUCUGAGAAUUUGCCUUGUACAGUGCAAACCACCAACCUCAGGCAUUUUGGUUGAAUUUUUGAAAAAUGUCUCUUCAACAGCUUUUAGGAGAUGAAAUUCCUGCAGAGAAGGUUUGCGCUGCUCUUUUAGAUUACGAGAAGAAGAAGAGCGAAGAGGACAAUGCCGAUUCCAAGUUGAAAAAGUCAAAUUUGUUAGAGGACGAAGAAGAUACUACCUCUACUGUUUGGCUACAGUUGGCUACCUUGAAAUUUAUUACAAAUAAUAGAAAAUUGAUACCUUUUAAAAUUCCUUUAAAACACGCUAUCAUUCCUUCUUCUUAUGAGGCUUGCUUGAUUGUGAAGGAUCCCCAAAGAACUUACAAAGAUUUGGUCAGUGAAGCAGGCAUGUCCGGUGUCGUUACUCGAGUCAUUGGACUUAGCAAGUUAAAAGCUAAAUGGAAGUCUUUUGAGCAGAAAAGACAGCUUCGUGAUCAGUUCGAUCUUUUUUUGGCUGAUGACCGUAUCAUCUCUAUGUUGCCUAAUGUAUUGGGUAAAACCUUUUAUUCCAAGACAAAGGCCCCUAUUCCUGUUCGUAUUAGCAGUAAUAAUGCUGAUCAAUUGAAGAAGCAAGUCGUUUCUGCUUACAAUGCUACUUAUUUCCGUGCGUCUCCUUGCAGUAGCUUUAUGAUCCGUUGCGGACACACUGCCAAUACUCCUCAAGAACUCGCCGAUAAUAUUGAAUCAAUCCUCAAGUACUUGUGUGAAAAGAAGGUUGUCCCUAACGGUGGAAAGGGUAUUUCAAGCGUUCAUGUUAAGACUACUCAAAGUAUGGCUGUUCCACUCUGGAAUAACCCUAAUUUGGAAGAGGAGGUUAAGAAACUCCGUGCAUCUACUAAGGACAAAGAAUCUCCAAAGAGAAAGUCGAUUGUAGAAACUAAGACAGCUACUACUUCUCCUAACAAGAAGGCUAGGACAGAUUCGACCAAAAACCUAGAAAUGAAGCAAAAAGAUGAAUCAACUAAGAAAGUUGAGGGUGAGGGUAAGGGUGUCCCUCCUCAAAAGAAGGCCUCCGCUGAUAACUCUCCACAGAAAGCUCCUCAAAAACAAAAGGCAGAAAAACAGGCUAUAACGAAGCAAAACGAGGAACCCCCAAAGAAAAAGGAGUCCGCUAAUCAGCAACAAAAAAAGAAUGGUUCAUCGGUUUCUCCUUCUAAACAACCCGAACAAGGUCCUGCGCAAACAAAAACGACUAAUGGGAAAAAGAAGGCAGGCAAACAAAAGGCCAAAGGAAAACAAUAAAUGGAUUUUUUGGGGAAUAUUAGGAAAGCUGGAACUUCAUAGUGAAAUUCGAUCAGGCAUGUAUGUAUGUACAGAUAAUUAUAUUUUGGGUUUUUACUACGGUUGUCGUUAGAAGGAAUAAUAAUAAAGUACCACUAUCACUUGAUUUAUUUUGGAUAAAAUUUGUUGAAAGAUUGCUAGCAAACAGUAUCUGGAUUCAGAAAUUAGAGGUAGUAGAUUCUGGUAAAGUCGUCGUUCCCUUACAGUCUUAAACGGUUGGUAAAAUUGUAUUUAUCGUUUGACUCCAAAGCUACUACCCUUGGCAGAUUCUGAGCCUGUUCCUGGCUUACCGUCUGGCCAAUAUGUAUACUCUUGUACGAGAAUCCAAUCCAGCGGAUUCUUGCGGUGACUAAAACUGAAUCGUAACCAGGUAUCUUCUCGUUUCAUUAUCAAUUGCAUUGGGUAGCAGAUCCCAUGCUCCAGCUCAUUCAUUUUGCCUACAAACACCUGCCAUGUUCCGGGGCUUACUUUGCAGGCUGAAAACCAUGGAGAAUUGAGGUAUUGUAACACAAAUGGUGUGUAAGAGGAAACUUGGGCUUCUUUUUGCACAUCAAUGGAGAACCCAUUUGUCCAAUGAUCUGAAUGAUAUAUCAAAGGCCCGUAUUUUUCUGGAAUGUAGGCACGUUUUCCACUAGAAUAUAAUGUUAGUCCAAUCUGACUCAAUGAAUAGGGAAAUCGUUGUACUCACCUCUUAAUUUCCAGAAAUCCGCGAUGAUGUAGAUUGAAUCUAAAUACCAUCUUUUCGGAAUUUCUUGUCAGAGGUGCUAAGUAUAGUUUAUCAUUGUCUAAAACAAUGUAUCGACCGUCUAAACCAGUCAGAGAUCGGUCUUCCAUUUUGGUAACUACAGACCAAAAAGAAGAGAUACGAUAUCUGUUUUCUUCAUUUGCUUUUUCGCUCGCUUCAAGCUCUGCUUUGCUUCUCCAAAAAUCCCCCUUAGCGCAAUGAGCUUUGCGUGGCAGAUUCAGCAUGUUAAUCACUAUUAAGAUGGAUCGCAGAAGAUAAAACAAAAGCAUCUUGAUGAUUUCCUGUUCAGUUGUAGAUGUAGCCUUGUAUAGUGUCGAGUUGUAAAUGUAAACAUCCUUUGUUUACUUUUGGAAACUAUUAACGAAACUUUCACCCGUAACAAUCUGAAAAAUUCCUUGUUUAAUAGAUCAUAGACAAUGACAUUUUCUCAAAAUCUGGUUUCCUA